UUAUUGUGGUUAAUGCGAGAAUACAUAUUUUCACCUAAAAAACACCCCUAUUCGCUCUAUGGCUCGGUCCGUCGUCAGGGUUCAUGGGGGCUGUCAUCUUCAGUUCAACUUGUCUAUCUGCUUUUUCUAGUUUCAGCCGUCAAAACAUUACGAAAGUAAGAAAACGUAGCCUUAUAACAGCAACAUGGCAGCCGUCGUGGAUCCCCGAACACCUCGGAAGGAAGAUCUCAACUAUAAGUUACAUUUCCGAAAUAUAAACGAGCAACAAGUGGACGAAAUCUGCCUUGAUUUCUUCUAUAAGCCUCACACCAUCACACUGCUGACAGUCACUGUGCUCAGCCUCAUGUACUUUGUGUUUACAAGGGAUGAUGAGCACUCUGACAACAACCUCCGAGUUGGUCUGUUGGUGGCUGUCUCCUUCUUCUUGGUCAUCAGUGUCCUGGCCUUUCCUAAUGGACCUUUUACCAGGCCGCACCCUGCAAUAUGGCGAAUGGUGUUUGGCCUCAGUGUUCUGUACUUCCUGUUUCUCGUCUUCCUCAUCUUCCUCAACUGGGACCAAGUAAAGAUGCUUAUGUACUGGGUGGACCCAAAUCUGCGCUAUGCCAAACGAGAGGCCGACAUCAUGGAAUAUGCUGUGAACUGUACGGUGAUAACAUGGGAUCGGAUCCUGAGCCACUUCGACAUCUUCGCAUUCGGCCACUUUGCAGGCUGGGCCUUGAAGGCUAUGCUCAUCCGCAGCUACAGCGUCUGCUGGACCAUCAGCAUCACCUGGGAGCUCACUGAGCUAUUCUUCAUGCACCUGCUGCCAAACUUUGCGGAGUGCUGGUGGGAUCAGGUGAUACUUGACAUACUGUUGUGUAAUGGAGGAGGCAUCUGGCUGGGCAUGAACGCCUGCCGGUUUUUGGAGAUGAGGACGUACCGCUGGGCCAGCAUCAAGGAAAUCCACACCACCACAGGGAAGAUAAAGCGAGCCGUGCUCCAGUUCACCCCGGCCAGCUGGACUUAUGUGCGCUGGUUAGACCCAAAAUCCUCUCUCCAGAGGCUCGCAGGCAUCUAUCUCUUUAUGAUCCUAUGGCAGCUGACAGAGUUGAACAUAUUCUUCCUCAAGCACAUCUUCGUCUUCCAGGCGUCUCACGCUCUCAGCUGGUGUCGCAUCCUCCUCAUUUCAGCCAUCACCGCACCCACCGUACGACAAUAUUAUGCAUACCUGACAGACACUCGGUGUAAACGAGUUGGCACGCAAUGCUGGGUGUUUGGGGCCAUUGCUUUCCUUGAGGCUCUUACUUGUGUGAAAUUUGGUCACGACUUGUUUUCCAAGACACAAAUUCUCUCUGUGCUCCUGUGGCUGCUGUGUGUGGCACUCAUCACACUUCUGUGUUUAUAUGGGAUGGUGUGGUACGAGCAAAAAAAAAUGAAGAGCGUUUCUGUACAAAGUGAGGACCACGACGACAGCACUGUUGUUGACUCGUGUGGUUUUGUCCCAGAUGGCGUUGCAGCUCAGAGGGAUUCACCGAGAAGUUUACAACCUACAAAACGGAGGAGAGCUUCCGGGAGGAACAGAUUUGUGAAUGGCAAUGGAGGAAAUAAACAAUAGCGACACAGAGUAUUCGCAUCCAUCUCGAAAGGGUGAAGGGUACACCCAACAAAGGGAAUACAGAAUAGUAAAUUUGUGAAUAAUUGAAAGUUGCACCAAGGUUUUAAUAAAUCCUAGAGGGCAGACUCCAAAACACACCAACAAGCCUCGAUAUACUAUUUGAACAACACCAUUGAGCUGAACGCUUCAUAGACCUGCAGACUGUGGUGUGUAUUCUCUCGUACUCUGGCAGUGCUAGAAGAUCUUUGAUGACCAGGACAAAAUUUGUCUUGUAUUUAAUAACAGAUAUUUUUAAACAGACCUCAAUAACCAUGAAUAUGCACUGGAUUUUAAAAGAGACGAUGGCCUUAUUUGGACCAUAAACACUAAAAUAUUAACCUCAGCAUCAUGUUACACCUAACAUUUUCUACCUUAAAUUACUAAAUAUUGUUUGGACGCUUUGCACUGUGGGACACGCAAAGUACUUUUUUUGCACCUAACCUCUUUGACUAUUUUUGGAACUGUUUUUUUUAUUACUGUGUACUAAAUUGAAAACGAUCACAGUUAUUGAUGUGUAUGGGAUUUUGUAAGUCAUUUGGAUUGGUGAUGAUUAUUUUUUAACUUUGAUUUAAUAUGUUUGUGUUUAUAUAAUAACUGCCAAAAGCGACCACAUUUUGCAAUACAUUAAAGUACCGUUUGCUUUUCUUCAAUCAAAAUUGCAUCAUCAGGAAAGAUAUUUUUAUCUAGUUCAAAUGAGCGGAACAACCAAGUGUUACUUAACCAACUGUAGCCUUUACAUAUUACCCUUUUUAGCUUUCAUCAAUGUGAUAUUUGAACUUUUGAGAUGUUUGUUAUUUUAGCAAUUUGUGUGUGUGCGUGCGUGCGUGCGUGCGUGCGUGCGUGCGUGCGUGCGUGCGUGCGUGCGUGUGUGUAUGUGUGUGUGUUUGGAAUUAGAGAGAGAAGUGAGCAGUGUAUGAUAGGUGUACUGACAGAGAAUACUGUGACAUUCAAUGCAAUACCACUGUGGUGACAUUCAAUAGCAGCGGAUAAUCAUUUGUGUGAAAUUAUCCUUUACAAAGUCAGCCUUUUUGAGUGGUUUAGUGAUCCAAAUUAAUGAAAUGUGACGUUAAUAUAACACAGUAACUGACUUGUCCAUAUAAACUGUUCUUAAUAUUGGUGAUUGAUACAUUAUAUUUCACAUUUUUUGUUAGAAUGUGUUUUACAACUUCCAAGUAUGUUAAUGUUUGCUUGUUGAAUUUGUGUUGAUGAAACCUUUUUAAACACUGGCCUCAGAGGUUCUAGUCCUUUGACCGUCUACAAAGCUUGAAGUGUCAGACUACUACUACUACUACUACUAAUACACUGUAUUUAAUAUGAAAUGUUACUACCUGUUCUUGCCUUGAAAAAGGUCUCUGACCAAAAGUUUGCUUAUUAAAAAAGAUUUUUGCACAGA